CAGAAGAGCUUCUUCCUCCUCCCGCCAUCGUCACAACGCGGAAGCGGAGGAAGGCUCGCAGGGGGGCAGGAGAGAGGAGGCUCAGGGGGUGACAGCAGCCUGAAAACAAGCACAUACACACGCAAAAACGGAGCAGACAAGCGUCGCCACACGAGUGAAGCGGAAAGGCGUGAAACGGGAGCCGAAAUUGGAGUGCGGAGGGAGGCGCGCUGCUUCUUCAUCAUGGCGCUCAUCCCAUCGCAGGUUCUCCGCGUCGCCAUCCUGCUGUCCUACUUCUCCAUCCUGUGCCACUACAAGGCUCUCGACAUGCCGGCGCACCAGACCUACGGGGGCAGCUGGAAGUUCCUCACCUUCAUCGACCUGGUAAUCCAGGCGGUGUUCUUCGCCGUGUGCGUGCUGAUCGACGUCUCCAGUCUGCUGACAAAAGCCGGAGAAAACCGAGAGCAGGAGAGGCAGCUCAGAAAGCUGAUUGGCCUCAGGGACUGGAUGAUGGCUGUCCUGGCGUUCCCUGUUGGAGCGUUUGUGGUGUUCACCUUUUGGAGUCUGUACCUAUACGACAGAGAGCUGGUCUACCCCAAACUGCUGGAUAACUUCAUCCCUCAGUGGCUCAACCACGGCAUGCACACCACCGUGCUGCCGUUCAUCAUCAUCGAGAUGCGCACCACACACCAUCGCUACCCCAGCAGGUCGUGUGGCGUAGCGGCCGUGUGCUGCUUCGGCGUAGGAUACAUCCUCUGGACUUGCUGGGUGCACCAGGUGACGGGCAUGUGGGUGUACCCGGUCUUGGAGCACAUCACGCCGCUCGCCCGCCUCGUCUUCUUUUCCGUGCUCACUGCCGUCAUUUGUGUCUUCUACCUGCUCGGAGAAAUACUCAACAGCUACAUCUGGUACCAGCCGCACACAGCAAAGGUCAAAGGUGAGUGAACUUUUGUUGUGCGUGCCAGUGGAGUUGCACAGUUAAGGUCAUGUCAAGCUCCGCCCACCAGAGAACACAAGGACUACGGAGCUGUGACCUCCAUCAACACCAACAAGCCUGAAUAUGGGGAACUGGGUGCACACUAUUUUUUAUUUUUUUUUAAUUUUAUUUUGUUUUAACUUAUCUUGCCAAAGCAACAGACACACAAACCACUUUCACAUGCACACAAAUGGGUCAAAAUGAAUAUUCAUUAAGGAAGUUUUGAGUCAUAUGUCAUGUUAAAUCUCUUGAUGAGGGUUAUCCAGUACUGACAGACAGACAGACACACACGCACACACAGAAACGUACACACAUGCAACUUCACGCUUGCACACAGGGUACACGCACACAGGGACAGGUCAACAUGAAUAUUCAUGAAAGCACAUUUUCAUAUUAAAGGUCUUGAUGAGGGUCAUCUAAUACUGACAAGUAUACACACACGCACACCUUUUCCCAUCCACACAGAUACACACAAGAACAACCACACACAAAGGUACACACGCACACAGACAGGUCAGCAUGAAUAUUCAUGGCAGCACAUUGAGUCAUGUCAAAUUAAACGUCUUGGUGACAGCUCUGGCUUUAUUUUGUCAUGAUGUCCUCACCUGUUGAUGGACUAACUCAAAAACAUCACCUUCAGGGGAAAAGAGCCUUUAGAUCAAAGUUGACUGGGACACGCUCAGAAAUCAAUGUGAAACCAUACCACAUUGACUCCAUCCAUUAUAAUGUUUCCUCACUGAAGUCACAGAUGAGCUUUAGUCUUAACCCAGCUGACUUUGGUCGCCAGCCAAUAGGAGGGCACAUAUAGACAAGCAUUCACAUCUAAGGACAAUUUAGUCGUGAAUGAAACUUAGUGCAUGAAACCCCACUAGAGCACAGGGAGAACAUGCGAACUCCACACAGGAAGGCCUGAACUGAGAUUCAAACCCAGAACCUUUUGACUGUUAGCUGAGACGUACUAACCGGUCACUGUGCUGCCCACAUGGACAUAUAGCGCGUAUUAAAGGUCAUGACAAGGGCUUUCCAAAUCUCUUGUUACAUAUUUAUUAUGUACAGCGUUGUCUUGCGAUACAAGCCGUCAUUUGGCUUUUUUCAAAAAAUUUUGAUUUGAGUGCUGUGUGGUCGCAGUGAACUCAACUCACUUCACCAUAUAAGCACAAUAUAAGUGAUUUAUUUAGUUUUAUUUUUUUAAAGGGACUUCCAACUGUUUAUUGGCACUCCCAGUUGUUUACUCUAAAUCUAAACACAAAAACAGAAUUACACAUUGUAUUGGAAACAGUCACAUAGUUUCGUCUUUCAAUCCGCUAGUUUAAUGCGAACGCUAAUUAGCACCUACUGGUGCGGUGCUACAACUGUUUAAGCAAUGGGCUGAACACAAAUGGUGCAGCAACACGUAGACAGAAUAUAUAACAGUACUUAGUCAUAUAUUCUUUAUCCUCUGCCUAGAAUGACCAAUAUUAGUGCAGUACUGAUGAGCUGAGUGGAGUUGUGAUGUCUCAAGGAACAGUAUACCCAUCUGUAUGUCCAAAUCUGGCCCGCCAAGUCAUUUCAUGUGGCCGGCGAAAGCAAAUCAUCUGUGUCAACUUCCAUGAUUUUUGCUCAAAUUCUCAUAAAAUAAUAAUAAAUAGUAUUGAGACAUUGCAAGCAUUUUCUGUUUACAGUAACUUGAACAAUAGUUGAACAAACUAUUAUCCUUGACUUGUGAUUUCAAAACUAGGUAUCCAUCAACUGUGUGUAUGUAGUAAUAUUAGGAGGUGACUAAACAUUUAUAUGGUUUCACAGUCAACGGCCUUCUGAGGGAAACCGUGACUACGAUGUGGCCCGCGACAUAAAUGAGUUUGACACACCUGUCCUAGGUCAUUAAAAGUGUUACUUGGUGGUGAUAAUAGUCAUUGAUCUGCAGGGGGCGCUACUGGAGUCACUGGUUACAUAUCGAAUUUAAUGGCAUAUGACAUUGUCGUGUAUGGGGAUGCUUUGGCAAGAUAGCAAACAUUCUUACGGGUGAAGUUACAACUUUUUAUUGGUUUUUGUUUGGAGGGGGAGAAUACUAAAGUGGGCCGUGUUGCUCGGUGAUGGAUGAAAAAACAGGAUGCGGAACUGCACAUAAACUAUUUAUUGGGUCGGGUUUUAAUGUUUAACGUGAGCUUUAACCAAACUACUGAACUUGAAUGGUGAAGAGUCACAUGACAAACUUAGAACAAUAAAUCCAUGAAGUUGC